AUUUUACAACUUGGCAUAUUUCUCAAAUUGUCAGACUUUUAAUUUUGUUUAAUUACCGACCGACUUAUUUCGUACUCUUUUUAACCAAAAUGCAUUUUUUUGCGUUGUAGGAGUUGCUUUUUAAUUAACUUUUACUACCUGGAUUUGUUUUGUAAAAGUUAGGCGUUAGGUUAGGUUAUGUAAAUAUAUUUUUGUUGUGAUUUCAUUGUAAAAAUUUCUUUUUACGCUGUUUAAAAGACACAAUUCAUAACGAAUAUCUAUGAAAAUGACUACCGUCAGCGAUUUGCGCAUUGCAGUUAUUUGUUCAAGUAAUAUGAAUCGAAGUAUGGAGGCCCAUGCUUUUUUGGCGAAGAAGGGGUUUCUAGUACAGUCUUACGGGACAGGGGAUAAAGUUAAAAUCCCGGGAUCGGCAGCUGACAAACCGAAUAUAUACGACUUUGGGGUGUCAUAUGACGAAAUUUAUCAUGAUUUGUUAAACAAAGAUAAAUCACUAUAUACUCAAAAUGGUUUGUUGCAUACUUUAGAUCGAAAUAGACGAAUCAAGUCCCAUCCUGAAAGGUUUCAAGAAACUGACGAAAAGUUUGACAUAUUAAUAACUUGCGAAGAAAGAGUAUAUGACCAAGUAGUAGAGUUUAUGGAAACUAAAACACCUAUAGAAAACUCAAUCGUACAUGUGAUCAAUCUGGAUAUUCAAGAUAACUUAGAAGAGGCUACAAUAGGUGCUUUUUUAAUAAGUGAUAUGUGCACAAAGUUGGCUCAGACUGAAGACUUGGAUAAUGAUAUUGAAGAAGUUUUACAUAAUUUUGAAGAGAAAUGUCAGAGGCCUAUUUUGCACAGCAUCGUAUUUAACUAAAUUAAAAUAAUAAAACAGCUUAAUGUAAAAUAUUCUUAAAUUUUAUAUAUUUUUUGUCUUCCUUAAUAUAAAGGUUUAUUACAAAAAGCAAUUAAAA